AUGAAUAAUUACAAUCUUGGGCUUUUGCACUCCUAUCUAUUGAUUUUGAGUCCCUUUCAAUCGUUUAAGGCUUUAUUUCUUGAUGGCGUAUCAAAUGUUGGUAUCGAGAAAUCUUUAAUCGAACCAAUAUCGUUGAUUUUAAAAGGUCAAUCAAAUCAAGUGUUAUCACUUGAAAUCUUCAAAGAUUUAUUAUUUGAUGAAGAGUUGAUAAAAAAAAAGGUUGUUUUAGAGUUUGGAAAUGAUACAAAAAAACAAGAGUCCGAUGAUCUUAAUCAAAACGAAAAAUUGUUAAAGAAACAUUUAAUUUUAAUUUUUGCAGUUUCUUUAUUGCAGUUGUUUCUUCAAUUAAAUUUUACUGGUCCUAAAAUUAACGAGGAAAAAGUUUCAGAGACAGUAAAUCAAUUUUUCAAACCGAUUAUUCAUGAAAAUGAUAAAUUGGCUGAUCAAAUUUCAGAAGAGAUAUCUAAAAGCUUGAAUUUAAAUGGCCAAUUUAUUUACGAAUUAACUAACCAUCCAUUUUUGUUACUAUUUUCUUUACAUUUAUUAGAAAAAUUAUCUUUGACCGAAAAAUCCUUAUUAAUAAGUAAGGAAAUCGAUGCUGAAUCGUUAUCAACUUCGACUUUAAUUAAUAAUAAUAGAAGUGAAGACUCUGACAAUGUUUUAUUAGCAGCUUCAAACUGGUGGAGGUCUAGAGCCUUGCAAGUUCAUAUGUCUUUAUUCUUUGAAAUUUCCGGUCCACACGUUGUGGUUUCAUCAUUACUUUUAAACAAAACUCUAUUGGAUCCAUUGAUACAUGAAAUUAAUAGAGAUAAUAUUGCUGAGAAUAAAAAUAACGAAUUAAUUAAAAAUUUAUAUGCAAGAUAUUAUUUGGAAAAAGUGAGAAGUUAUUUACAAGCUGAAACUGAAUCAUUAUGUUUGAAUCCUUUGGAUGACUUGAAUGAUAUAACUGGUUUUCAAAUGGCAUUGACUGGUGCAAAGGCUAAAAGAACAAAGUAUCAGGAAAAAUCAAUAGCCAGCUUGAUUUUAUUAGCCCUAUCUUCCAAUGAGGAUUUAUUUGAUGAUUCCCAUCUAAUAAAGUCAAAUGAUAAUACGAUUGAAAAUUUUAAAUUAAACUCCGAUUACAUGUUGGAAAGACCAAAAUAUGAAGAAAUUGGGGACAAAACUCUUAUUGAAAAUUUUAAUCAAAAUUCUGUUGACAGCGAAACCAGUUCCACUUUUUUUAAUGCAAUCCCUCUCCUAUUAGAAAGUGGUUCUAUUUCAGAGGAUUUGAGAAACUUGGAUCCAAACAAUCAACCAAGAUUGAAUGAUCUUGAUAAUAUUCAAUUAUUAUUGAGAUUGGCAAUUGUAAGACAGACAUCUCCAUCAAAAGAUCCACUUGCUGAAGAAGAAUUGUUGUCAAUUGUUCAAAGAAUUUUAUUUACAUCAGAAGAAGAUAUCAAAACAAAUGGGUCCAAAACCAACUGGUUAAUUUUUUCAAAAUGUCUAUGGGAAAGAUCAUUAAUUGAGUCAACCAAAUCUAAAACUUUGGAAAGAGGUAUAUUGCAAAUGGAGGCAUUGGUUGAGGAAUUGGGGAUGUCAAUGAAUCAUAAAUAUAUCCCUGAAAUUGGAAAAAAUAACAAAGAUGAACAAGAUUCUGAUAUAAGCGCUGAAAGACUAAGAUUCGUUUAUCAAUUACCUUUAUUACCAAGAUGGGCAAUGGAUGUUGAAUUAGCUGAAAAAUAUAUGUCUGUGGGGCUAAUAAAAUCUUCUAUUGAGAUUUAUGAAAGAUUAAAAUUAACUAAUGAUCUAGCCUUGUGUUACAUGUCUAUUGGACAAGAAAAAAAUGCUGAAAAGUUAUUACUUGAAAGAAUUGAGAAAAAACCGGAUGAUGCUAGACCGUAUUCAAUUCUAGGAGAUAUUAGACAAGAUACAACUUUAUGGUUUAAAGCUUGGGAAGUUGGAAAAUAUUCUAAUGCCAAAAUAUCUUUAGGUAAAUAUUAUUAUUACAAUAAAAAACAUAAAGAUUUGGCAGAGUCUAUGAAACAUUUAAAAGAUGCAUUAGCAAUAAAUCCCUUGAAGAAAAACAAUUGGUUUUUUUAUGGAUGUGUAGCAUUAGAGGCUUUGGAUUAUGAAACUGCAGCACAGGCAUUCACUAGAUCUGUUGCAAUUGAUGACACUCAAACAUUUGCUUGGUCUAAUUUGAGUUCAGCCCUAGCAAACUUGAACAAAAAUGAAGAAGCAUUGAGUGCUUUACAAAAAGCCGUUAGAAGCAUAAAAGAUUCUAAUAAAAGUGGCAGUAAACUCUGGGAAAAUUAUUUAAUAAUAAGCUCCAGGUUACAAAAAUGGAACCAUGUAUUGAUAGCUGUAAAACAACUAUCAAAUUUGAAGAAAGAUUCUUUAGGGGAGAAGAGUGUUGAUCUUCCAGUAGUUCAAAAACUUGUUGAGGUUUUGGUUGAAAAGCCCUAUCCAACAAAUGAAAAUGAAAAACUUACAUUCUUUCAAAAAGAUUGUAUUCAGUAUGUUUGUAAUGAUUUACCCAAAUUAAUUACAACAAGUACAAGAUUAUGGAAAGUCGUUGCAAAAGUUGAAUUGUGGAGAAAGAAACCUUGGGAGUGUUUGGCUUGUUACGAGAAAGCAUUCAGAGCAGUAAUACACGAUCCUAACUUGUCUAGUGAACAGGACAUAUGGAAUAAGGCCGUUGAAUGCUGUGAAGAUUUGGUUGCUUCAUAUGAAUCUCUUGGUGAGCUUCCAGGAAAAUAUGGAGCAGAUGAUGUGGUUUGUAAAAAUUGGAGAUACAAGUCAAAAUCUUCUAUAAGGAGUUUGAUGAGUAAAGGGAAAAGAACGUGGGAAGAUUCAGAUGGCUGGGAACGUCUUACAAAACUUAAGGAGCAUUUGGGACUUUAA